CCCCCCAGAUUCAAAGGUUAACAAUUAAACUAAUCUGCUUACAUGUAUUACGUACACAUAUGCAUGCGACUGUGCGUACGUACAGGUAUGUAUCUACCUGCCCAGCCGUAGGGAUGCUCCCUCGUGUUGUUCCAAUUUGUGCAUUCCCGCCCUUUGCGUGCUUGCCAUAACGCGGCAGCACACUGUGCCGACCGUUGCGCGGUUUAGCAAAACUGGCAAGCAGAGCGCCUCCCCCAACGCGGCCAAGCUAGGGGGGCCGACAGUGUACCCACGAAUAGCGUCCCCACUGUGGGCAACCUGGGCAGACGUGUGGACAGGCAUUUUCCCACUCGCCUCUACCCCCCCUGGCGCAACACUGCAUAGCCGCAAUACAUUUUUGCACAACUUCAACGUUGCAAGAAUGUGCGCAGGCGUACCGCCAAUUCGCUGCACCCCAACUUGCUAUACUAACGCGCUGUCACAUGGCUUGAAAAAGCGUCUCCAUGGGCCUCGUUAAAAAGGGAUGCCACGUGCAGGCACAACCGAGGCUACGGAGAAGCAUACCAUUCGCUGCAUCCACCCGAGCGUUUAACUGGCCUCCCCGCUGAGCCCCCCAACGCGAGGGGACAUCACUGCGGCGAAGGAUGAACCUUCUAACCUUACUCGCAAUCGCAACGUGCCUUACGAGAGGAAACGCAUUUCUGUACAAACGGAUCCACUACAAGCGGACAGGCCAUGGGCGAAUAAGCGAUAGACCCACGGCCAUACUGUAUGACCAUGCCCUUCACGUAGUCCACAAGAAAAAGGGAGUAAAAAAAAUUUACUCCUUAAAGAGACACGUAUCAGAAAUAUGGAAUAACAUUAAAACGAGGAGGAUAGAAAAUUAUAUGGAAGAUUUUUUUCAAACGCAGCAAGUGAAGAAUACUCUUCAAAAUAACUUUCUCUGUUUUAGGCACCUAUUUAAUAAGUGUAAACUGGACAGAGUAAUUAUAGCGGUUAAUGUGGCCCUGUAUUUGUACUUGAACAGAAUUGAUAAGGAUGAUGAGAGGAGGAUUUUUUUUCACAAGGGGAAUUUAUUGGAGGUGAAAGAACAAAAGGCAGAAAAGUAUAAAUGCAAUUAUCACGAUAUUUACAGAACAAAAAAUUUUAAAACGUUUUUCACUUCCCUUUUUAUUCACAAGAAUAUUUUGCAUUUAUAUUUUAACAUGAGUUCGCUAAUUUCCAUAUAUAAAUUAAUUUCCCUCAUUUACACGAACAGCCAAAUAUUUGUUACAUUCCUCCUGUCAGGUGUGCUGUCCAACAUCAUAGCGUAUAUUUAUUACUUGCGAGAAAAAAAAGAAAAUGUACUUUUGGAAAAUUUAAUUUUAAAAAAUACUUCCAGUGAAAAUAAUCUCCUUAUAAAUAAAAAUAAUAAAAUUAUCUGUGGAAGUAGUUCCUGCAUUUAUUCGCUUUACGGAAUGCAUAUGACUUAUAUUAUAUUUUUUUACUUUAAGCAUAAUUAUAUUGUGAACAGCAAUUUUUUGUACAAUUUUUUUUAUUCAUUCGUUUCUUCUUUGCUGCUCGAGAAUGUCAGUCACUUGAACCACGUGUUGGGCUUCCUCUGUGGUUUUUUCUUCUCCUCCCUCAUAGUGCUCUUUGACAGGAAUGGCUAG